AAAAGCCGGUUCAAGCCGAUCCACACAUGUAAGAUCAACCGCAAUCCCAACCCACGGAAUUUCAACCUCCACCCCAAUUCCGCAAUUCCAUGACUAUGUUCACACUCAAAUCACAUUUCAACCAAUAUACAGGCAAUCAAUCUCAAAUACCCGUCUAGUACAAUUAGCGUGUGGCGAAUUCCGUCUCGCCCCCAAGCAAUCAAACUUUGAUCUAUGUUGAGGACAACCCAAUGUGAUACCUUGGCAAUCAAACUUGGAUCCAUUGCUUCAAGAAGUUGUGUACACCGAACCGCUGUCUAACCCUUACACAUAACAUUCAAAAAUUCUGGUGAUUUUGGGCAUGAGUCAAACGAGACCAAACAAACUAGUUAAACCGAUCGGUUAUGUUUUGUCAUUCACUAAAACAUCUACCAAUACACAAAACAUGCUAUCUUCAAUAACAUCACAAAAACAUCAAAUCCCCAAAUACUUUACCAUUUCUUUCAAUUCAAAUCACAAUCUUACUUCAAAUCUUGAACCAUUUAAUCCCCAAAAACAUGCAAAUAAUCACUACACUACCCAAAACUGGGCCAAAAUAAUAUCCACCCAGAUCACAAACUGCACAAACAUACACCAACUCAACCAACUCUACGCUCAUAUCAUCAGAACCCACAUACUUCACAUUCACAACGACCCCUUUUAUUGGAACACAAUAAUCAGAGCAUACACCAGGUUCAAUUCCACAUCCAAAGCACUGCACGUGAGCAUUGCAAUGUCACGUGCUGGUGUCCACCCGGAUACCUACACUCUGCCCGCUAUUUUGAAAGCUGUGUCUCAGAAAACUGAGGUUUUAAUAGUUAGACAGCUUCAUACGGUUGCUAUUAAACAUGGGUUGGUGACCAAUUUGUAUUGUGAAAGUGGGUUUAUUAAUUUGUACUCAAAGGUUGGUGAGUUUGGGGACGCACGUAAGGUGUUUGAUGAAAGUCCUGAGAGAAAUAUUGGUUCUUGGAAUGCGGUUAUAAGCGGGUUGUCGCAAGGUGGGCGUGCCCGAGAAGCGGUUGAGGUGUUUUUGGAGAUGAAGAGGAGAGGGUUGGAACCGGAUGAGGUGACGAUGGUUAGUGUGAUUUCGGCGUGUGGGAGUUUAGGGGAUUUCGGUUUGGGUGUUCAGUUGCAUAAGUGUUUGUUUCAAGCUAAAGGGUUGGGGGAACCGGAUGUUUUUACGUUGAGUUCGCUAGUGGACAUGUAUGGGAAAUGUGGUAGGAUGGAUUUGGCGUAUCGGGUAUUUGAAAGAAUGAGUGAACGAAAUGUAUCGUCAUGGACGUCGUUGAUUGUUGGGUACGCAACGCAUGGGCACGUUACUGAUGCGUUGGAGUGUUUUCGUGGUAUGAGAGAAGCGUUUGUCACGCCUAACAGCGUGACGUUUGUGGGAGUGUUGAGUGCGUGUGUGCAUGGCGGGCUUGUACAAGAAGGGAGACAUUACUUCAACAUGAUGAAGAAUGAGUACAAGAUCGAGCCGCAGUUGCAACAUUACGGAUGCAUGGUGGAUUUGUUGGGCCGAUGCGGGUUGCUAGAGGAAGCAAGGAAGAUGGUGGAAGAGAUGCCAAUGGAAGCUAAUGUGGUGAUAUGGGGGUGUUUGAUGGGGGCUUGUGAGAAGUAUGGGGAUGUGAAGAUGGGAGAAUGGGUGGCUAAACAUUUGCAACAAAUGGAACCUUGGAAUGAUGGUGUUUAUGUUGUUAUGUCAAAUAUUUAUGCUAGCAAUGGGUUGUGGGAAGAUGUUGGAAGGAUGAGAGAGAUUAUGAAGGAGAGGAAACUUGAAAAAAUUCCUGGUUAUAGCUUGGGAGCAGGGGUAUGAAAUUCUGAACAUGAAUUUAGUUAAAAAGGAUUCAAAUCAGUGUCGGGUUGAAAACACAAGAAAUUCGCAAAUUUGAGUUUAGCCUAAACGAAUUCAGAUCAAUUUAAAUGGAACCCUUAAACACAUGAAAUUCACAUACUUGAGCUUAGUGCAACUAGAUUCGGGUAGCUUCGCUAUGUUGCUUUGGUUUGUCUAGCAGGUUUGCGGGUUGACUCGUAUAUCUUUAAGAGUUGAAUAUUAUAAUUUUAAACUAACUGGGUUUUUAUGAGUUUUGUAAAGUAUUAUUAUUUUAUACACAAUUCUAUUUACGAU